AUGCCAUGUCGCGCCCUCAGCAUAUGCCGACAGGCUCCAGCUCCCUCACAAUGCCUCUGGAUCACCGAUGACGGUCUGGCUGAAGCCUGGAAUCGGUUCGCGCGCGCUUCCAACGCUGCCAGCAGGAGGAGGUGUGAGGGGAGACGAUAUGGCAGCAACGUUCCUGGGCCGCUGGAGGCGCAUAGGAGGCUUUCAAAGAGGCGUAUGGGAGUUGCAGCUGUAGCCGCUGGCGGGCCGUCCAUGGGAGCUGAUUUUGGAGCACUUUUUGGCAUUGGCUCUUGCAAGCCGGAGCAGAGGAUCGAUGGCUGGAGAUGGGAAGCUCCUCAGCUGGAUCGAAGGAAAGCGAAGGAGAACACGACCGAUGCUGGCUGGUUUGGACCGGCAAAGACGAAACGGCAAGACGCUUGGGACUCGUUCUUGCAGCCGCCGUCGAUCGAGGAAGAUGCGCAAGGCACGAAAGACAUGAUCCAAGCCGAGGAAGAAGCUAUUGAGCAAAGUAGUCUGGACGUCCAUGCAUUACUCAGCGAUAUAUCGCAUCUGGAUCACAUUGACCGGGAUCAACUAGUCAACGUCCUGGACUUUCUGCAAUCUGCGGCAGACGAACCAAAGGCUGGCAAUCUGACCUCGUUCUUACAAUGGCUCUCGGGACGUGAUUUGAGCGACGCAGCCUUCUCAGCUGUUGUCAUGCUCGUUAAAGAGAAAGUCGAACUGGCGACCUGCGUCGACGACUUGGCUGGUGUGCUGGCAGCUUUGUUACAGCAUGCCAAGUCUACCUCAUUGUGCUCAGAUAUCGCGGAUAUCCUGAAUGCGAUGAGACACGAUGAGCUGGGGAUAGUCUGCAUAAACACGACUCGUGAGCUUUUCAACGCUACGUCCACUAUCGCUAAAGACACUGCGAGAACGUGGCUUGCGUGCUUGUCGCUUUGCCGGCCGUUGCAGGUAGUGUUAGAGCACUCUAAGUCUCCCACCUGGCAGAGCAUCUAUGCAGUUCUUGCCCAGCAUAUUUCUCAGCCAUCGACGUUCACUCGACACUUUCUGACAUUGCAACGACUGGAUCUGGCUCGAAUACUACUGCGUUACUGGGGGCCAACACCAAAGACGCAGGACAAUGCCAGCAUAGCAAUGGUUGGCUACGACAAGACAUACAACUUUCGGCAACCACCAAGCGACCUUGACAUCAAUGACGUCCUCGGUGACUUGGACGCAAUGUGCGCGGCUCGCUACACGCGCAAAGAAGAACGACUGCAACCGUCCAGCUCUCUUGUCGAUAUGCUGGACGUUGCACGCCGUCAUGGCUUGCAGUGGGAGUGGCUGUGCGAAGAGAUCUUUCUCAUUUUGACGCGUAGUUCCUCGGCCACUAGUGUUCAGAAAGUAAGCUGGGAGCUUCGAUGCCAUCCAGAGCUCGGUCUCACGACUCGUACGGCGCUCUGGCUGAUCAGCUACUUCCUCAAACACGAUAAGGUCAAAUUUGCGCAUUCGAUUUUCCAAGGUGUGCCUACCCUGUCGCUGCUUCAUGCUCAUCAGUUACCGAUCAGGCUUGCGCGCGAAGGUACGAUCGGUUCACGUGAGAUAUGGCAGGUACUACAGCGUCAGCUCAGAGAAGACUUUGUCGACUUCCAGGACAGGGAUCCGCAGUCUCCAGAACUGACUCUGGUCCCGGAGCAUGUCGACUUGAUUCACCUCGUGGCUCAUGAGUUCGCACACUCCCCAGUUCUCGCCCCACGUAUCGCCUAUCGAAGAGUAUGGGAAUGCUACAUCUUCCUACGCGAUCGUCGCGCCCCGAUUAAUUCGUUACUUACCCGUGCUCUCGUGCACGCAGCUGUUACACGCCCACUGAAAGCACUGGAUAGACCAAGCACUGAGGGUUUUCGCUACAUACUCAACCUUGUAGAGCGCAUAGAGGGCUCAGAGACGGCCGAAAAGCUGGACCGUGCUGUGCACCGGUACUGGACCGAGCACGUCAAACCACUCCAGUUUAGAAGGAAUGUCGAUCAUGCCAUGGGCGUGACCCAAGAUGCUGCGAAGGAGAGACGUGCUGCAUGGCAUAACCUCAGAAACUGGGCUAGAGAGCAUCGGCCGUGGCUGCGGUCCACAAUGCCCAAACGUCGGACGACUGUGGGACGUUUCAACACUGAGAAGAAGAGAAAGCCGGAGUUGCCUCCAGCACCGGUGGCGAUUGAGUCUAGGGCGGACGGUCCUGCGUUAGAGCGCCGUCCACCUCUCGGCGCUUUACAAUAUACGGCGACUGGCACCAGCCUUGCUGCGGCAUCGACAGUUUACGUGCCAUUCCCCUCCUUCGCUGAGGAACAUCUGAAGACGUGUCUGCCGAUUCAUACCACUGCAACGCCGACAGUGGAAGAGAUUGCGGAUGUGGAGCCCGAAUCGAUCUCUCUUGCGCCUCGUCAGGGUCUAGGCUACGGCUCACCACAGAGUAAUUCGUUAGCUGCCAACACUACGACGCAACACGAGCGUGAAGCCAAGAACACUCCAGCCAUUUUAGCGGAGACGAGCAUCAAUGCAAAUUUCGGGUUGGCCCCCGGUCAAGACGCAUCCCGCACAAGGUCUACGGUGAUACUGCACGCAAGAUCCCAGCAAAUUGUGGACGAUGACAUGCCAUCUACUAAAGCGACCGACGAUGCAGAGACGGACUGGCUAGACGCUGAGGACGCGAAGCAAUUCGGCUGUGGCGACACGUCGCCAGUGUCUGAAACGAAGAGUUCCGGUCUCAUUCAGAAGCGUCGCAUUCAUAAGCGUCCGUCCUUUAUCCUCAAGAAGCACAAUCGUAGCAAGUCGUUUCCGCGGGACGCAGUACCUACGAUGCCAAUCCAAAAAGCAGAGCAAACGUACGUUCGGAGAGCACCCGGCUGCGAUCGACCUGCAGCACCACUGGAACCGUCUGUCAACGCACCCGCUGCGGAACCUGCAACACCUCCAGCGUUUCAACUCUUCGGUAAGAUCAAGCGCCUAAGCGUCGGAAAGAAGAAGUCACGGCGGCCGGGCUCGGUGCAGACAGAUUACGAGUACCUCGAAUGGCGACAUGGCCAACGUGGGCGGUACUUUUUGUUUAUCGAGAGUGGUGGACAAUGGAUGCCUUACGCGCAAGUCUUGAGCCAUGUGAAGCAGAUGCGACGACAAGCCAAGAAGACGGGAGGAGUGUACAACCAGUGGCAGCUCAAGCUCCUUGAGAAGUGGGAAGCGGCUCAAGGCGAGAUGGCGAAGAAGGAGAGGGGUUUGAAUGGAGUGCCGCGGUCAACUUUGUUCCCGAGGUAG